AUGAAGAAGAGCAAGAAGAAAAAGUCCGAGACCAGACCACGCAGAGACUCCUCCGCCUCCCCAAGGGGUAGCUCCGAUUCCAGCAUGCAACAGCCCAGCUCCGAGAGCACCCAGCCCAGCCCCGGCCCCGGGUCCACGACAGAGCAGGUCAAGUCCCCCGUGCAGCCGUCCAGACCUCAGAAGUCCAGCCCCGAAAACAGCCCGCAGCAGUCCACGUCCCAGGCUCUUCCAGCUCCAGAAGCGCACCAGUCCUCUGAAUGCCCGUCAUCUCCCAACACCAACUCCAAAGCCACCCCUCCAUCCCGGAAAGCAGGGCCUCAGACCCAGGCGGUCCCUCAGCCCUGCUCCUGCACUGCAUGUCCGGGCAGCUCUGCUUGCUGGCGUCGCCUGGGGCUGUGCCACAGACGCAUCUUCGAUGUCCUUCUGCCUCAGGACUGUCAGGCCAUGUCAGGGAGAGGACUCCCAAACCUCCUCACCUUCUACAGAUCUUCAAGAAAGCGUUCCACUCAGCAUAACUCCCGAGCUCCAAGCCCUUGGGUCUGUUGCUGUGGCUCUGGGGGCCCUAGGAGCUGCCUACUACAUCAUUGA